AUGGCGGCCACCAAUAUUGACCAAGUCAAAUACGUUGUCGUGAUCGGAGCAGGCGUCGCUGGACUCACCACUGCCCUCAACAUCCAAGAACGUGGAGGAUACAAUGUCUCCAUUGUUGCUGAAGCACUUCCAACCGAUCCCAAGUCCAUCAAGUACACCAGUCUUUGGGCGGCAGCUGAACAUGUCACCCAUUCCAGGGGGGAUGAUCAGAUAUGGAAGAUGCAACAAUUGACUUUCCAGAAGUUUUGGGAGCUUUCCGAACCUGGAGGUGCCGCAGAACAUUGUUUUCUGAGGAUACACCAAGAAGAGUACUUCUGGGAGCCGGAAGCUGAUGCUUCUAGUAUGUCGUGGUACCCAGAUUUCAGAAAAAUUUCCAACGACCGACUUGUAUCUGGUGCCGCAUCUGGUGUCGAAUUCACAACAUUAACAAUUGAUACACCCCGUUAUACCGCCUAUCUCCUCUCUCGAUUUCUUGCCGCAGGAGGGUCUAUCACGCGAGGCUCUGUUCAACAUAUAAACCAACUUCUUGAAGGCGGCGCCGGUGUCUUCAACAGCGACAACAAGAAACCGACCCCCGUGGAUGCCAUUGUGGUAUGCAAUGGUAUUGGAGCGCAAACCUUGGGUGGAAUAGAGGAUAAGGAUAUGUAUCCUAUUCGCGGCCAGACUGUCCUCGUACGGGCUCCUUGGAUUAAAUUUGGGAGGACUAUUUCCAAUAUCUCCAAAUCCAUGUUAGAUAAGGCAUCUUAUAUCGUUCCAAGACGGUCUGGAAACGUGGUCGUAGGUGGGACCUUCGGAGUCGACGACUGGUAUCCAACUGCACGGCCAGAAACGACAGAAGAUAUCCUUCGACAUGCUCUCGAGUUGUGUCCAGAACUUGCUCCACCCGAAAUCCGUGCCCAACGAACCCCUACUGUUGACGAUCUCAAGUCAAUCAUCGUGGAAUCGGGAUGUGGCUUGCGCCCCGCUCGGAAGGGUGGAAUCAGGCUAGAAGCUUUGUAUUUUCAGUUGGAGGGGAAGGAAAAGAAGGUACCGGUCAUCACCAACUAUGGACAUGGAGGUGUAGGGUUCCAAUCGUCCUGGGGAAGCGCUACAAUCGCUGUUGAGCUGCUCGAGAAGGCCCUGAAGACAUGA